UAAAUUUCCAAAUUCCCUAGUUCAUACUGAGCCAAAUUAACAACAUUUCACCAACCGUCUGUUUUAUAUUCAUAAUGCGCUCUUUAGCCUUUAUUACCGCCCUGGGUCUUUCGCUCUUCGGCAUGGCAAAAUCUGAUGGCUGGCCAGGAAAUCUAUGUGAACGGGCUGGUGGUAGUUGCGACCCAGUCACCGCGGACUUUUGCCAAGGCGAGUAUGACACCACGGUUGGAUUGCCAUGUGUCCCCCGAGGAGUUGUUGGCGUUGGCUGUUGCUGGCAUGCGCCUCCUCCAAAUUAAAACCUGAUUGCAGGCAGAUAAAUGUGUACGGCAGUGGCUGCAUAUACGUGUUUGUAGAAUUCUAUCUAGCGACGGGCAAAAAGAAUUAACAAAGCAUUAUCAGCAUUGCCGUAGUAAUAUUGUUCCAUCUAAUUGAGAGCUCGCUUUAUCUUAAGCCUAGUUACGCAAAUACAAUAAAUAACUUGGGCACAAUCUGUUAAGAGAUAAUAAUAGAAUGGC